UGAAGCUUUGAAUCUUUUGUCUCAAGAUAUUUAUGAUCUUGUAUUUUUGGAUAUUGACAUGCCAGAAUUAUCCGCUAUCCCCAUAUUUGCUUAUACUACUAAUGAAUGGGAAGAAGAGUUUUUGAAUGCUGGAAUGAACGGAUAUAUCCAGAAACCGACUAGCUCUGAUAAAGUUAAAGCUAUAGUUAAAACUCUUAAAGCUCUUUAUAAUGUUGAGCAUCCGAAUGUAAUUAAAUUCUAUGGAACUUCAAAACAUCCAAGAAUGAAAAAUUUUAUAAUAGUAUUGCAAUUUGCAGAUACUGGAAAUCUACGUGAUUAUUUACAAAGUAAACAACAAAAUGGUGUUUUUAAAAAUUCAUGGAAUGAAAUAAUUCGAAUAGCAAAAGAAAUAGGACUUGGAUUAAAACACCUGCAUGAAAAAAAAAUUAUCCAUGAAAAUUUAAUAUGA